GAUGGAUCACCUUUGCUUGUGUGGAAGUUGCGAACAGAAACGAAAUGGAGACAGUUCAACAUCAUGAUUGCCAAUCGAAAGAACAAUACCAGUGCAGAAUCCGGAAGUGAAGACGGCUCAACCGAUGGAAAAUGGGGUCAACUCUUCAGUGUUUACUACUGCCCUUUCACAUUUCACCUCAUAGUUUGCACUGAAAAGGGAAAGGUCAGGUCAAAGAGGGUACCGACUGGAAGUAUAAAUAGGGAGGUGGUCGAUGCUGUGAGCAAGACAACACUUUCAACUCCACAACAACCAACAUGUCGCACACGAAACAGAAGGCCUUGCUAUUUUCGAUGCUUUUGUCAGCGGUCGUUGCCCAGUACGGUUCGGCCCCACUGCCUCCUCAACUCCAUCCGGUUCAUGUGCCACCGCCUGCAUUGUUUGGUGGACAAGCUCACAAGAAGCAACAGAAGCCACUCACUUCCGUCCCGAUUUUCAAACCGAGCAUGGGUUUAGGACCGUUGCCUGUACCAUCGGGGUUAGGUCCACUACCUUUACCCGCUGGACAAGUUUCCAUGUCAGGUCCUUCCUACUCGUACGGAAGUCAGUCCAAUGGAUUGCCCUCCUCCUUCCAGCAAUUACCUCAACCGACGUUCCAACGUCCUUGGCAACCAGCACCUUCGUUGAGCUCAGCCCCGCAGAUGAAUUUCGCUCCAUUUGCUGUGCAACAAGGUGUGCCACAAUCCUACGCAGUUCCUUCUAUUUAUUUCCAGCAACCUACGGCAUCUGUCGGAUCUGUUCCAUCCAAAUUCCUUUCUCCACCUCCACCGCCUUCGUUUCCAGCUCAGUUUGGAGUUCCUACUGGUAAUCCUGUUAUUCAAUCAUCGUUUCCCCAACCAUUCGCCCAACCCAACCAGUACGUCCAAUCUAUGCCGACCUAUGGAAACGCACCUUCUAUGAUGCAAAUGCAACAGAGCCCUGAAUCUUUCUCGUUCAGUAAUAUUCCUCAAAGAGAGCUGGCACCAAAUGGUCCCUCUGUGCAGUCCUACGGUGCUUCUCAGUUUGGUCCGUCCGGACCAUCAUUUGGCUCUAUGAAAGCACCUCAGCAACUCCAGUUUUCUUCUGUGCCAUCCCAACCGUUCGGCCCAGCUUCCUCCCCUCAGUCUUUUACUAUUCCAGCACCUCAACAAUCGUUCAGCUCCUCUGAGUCUUCCCAGUCAUACAGCCCAGCUCAAUCUUCCGCCUCUGCAGAACCUCAAUUUACUCCAGUUGAAUCACAGCAAACAUUUGGUCCCUCUUCAUCCUCUCAAUCUUUUGAUAUUGCCUCAUCUUACGCCCCAUUAAAUGGAGGACCGUCACAAGUAGAAGGUCCAUCUAUCCAUGACAUGCAAGUGCCAAUUUUCGGUAUUCCACCUCCAUCUCAACAGCAAGAAUACCAGCAAAGCCAAUCGCAAGUCAGUUCAACACCUGUUAGACAGGAAUUGUAUCCCGAACAUCUCUUGCCCAUGUUACAUCAAUCUGCUGCUGCCUUAGCAUCUGCUCAAUAUCAGUCUGGUUCCGAGCCUGCUGGUCCAAGCUCGGGAUCACCGUAUGAUGGGAGUAUGUUUACCAGGCACGUCAGAGUGAGCGAUACGUUUCCAUCAGCAUAAUAUCUUUAAUCUUGUCACUUUUGUUUGUUUUUCCUUUUCGUGUCAUGACAUUUGUUUAUUUUCCGUCUGUUUUGGCUUGACGUUUCUUGAUCGUUUUUCAGGUCAGUGCUUUUAUGGGGAUCCUUCUCA